AUGGCAAAUGCCUCCCUCCAGUCCUUCCUCCCCCAGCACCACCAUUCUUUCCCCAGCAGCACGACCCACGACGGCUCCCCUCCCGCGCUCCUCAAGCUCACCGCCAACACCACCACCAACGCCAGCAACAGCAUUUCAUUCAAGCUCUUCGCCAGCAGCUCCUCCUCAGUGACCACAACCGCCAACUCGCCGGCUCCGACUCCGGUCGCCGCCGCCGCGGCGACAACCUCGCCGCCCACCCCCUCCCUGGAGCUCCUGGGCCAGCAGCUGGCGGAGGGGGACUACUGGCAGGCUGACGAGACCACCCGGGCCCUCCUCAUCGUCCUCGCGGGCGAGGCCGCGCGCCGCCGAGGGUACGUCUUCUUCUCGGAGGUCCAGUUCAUCUCCGUCGAGGACCUCCGCGCCGUGGACGCGCUCUGGCUGGAGCACAGCGGCGGCAGGUUCGGGUACAGCGUGCAGCGCCGGAUUUGGGAGAAGUCGCUGCGCGAGUUCACCCGAUUCUUCAUCAAGAUUGGCUGGAUGAAGAAGCUGGACACCGAGGUGGAGCAGUUCAACUACAGGGCCUUCCCGGACGAGUUCAUCUGGGAGCUCAAUGACGACACGCCGGAGGGCCACCUGCCCCUCACCAAUGCGCUCAGGGGCACACGGCUCCUGGAGAACAUCUUCACCCACCCCGCCUUCGACUGCGAGGAAGAAGAAGCAGCAGGAGCAGAGGAGGAGGCUGACAAGGGCAGUGCCACUGAUCAGAAUAAUAAGGAUGACAACAAAGGCAGGGGCAGGCCAAAGAGUUUGACAGAUUUCAAGCCUGAUUACUCCUUUUAA